AUGACUACGUUAAAACGAAAGCGGUUGUCGCUUCGCGAAAAAAUUGACAUUUUAGAUUACCGUAAAAACAACGGAAACGUAGGAAUUCGUGUACUCGCAGAAAAGUUUCAAGUUGGAAAAACACAGAUCGCGGAUAUUGUUUCUAACACAGAAGAAAUUUAUAAAGCCAAAACUCGAGAAAAAAAUUUACCAGUUUCCGGACCAACAAUACAAGAAAAGGCUAAACAACUUGCUGAAGUUCACGGAUUAAACGACUUUAAAGCUUCAAACGGGUGGCUAGAAAAAUUUCGAAAAAGGCAUAACAUUUCGUUUAAAUCUAUCUGUGGGGAAGCUUCAUCCGUUGAUAGAAUAGCUGUUGAUGACUGGAAGAAAAAAUUGCCAAACAUAAUCGAUAAAUAUGAAAAGCGAGACAUCUUCAAUGCCGACGAGACUGAACUUUUUUUUAGAGUUCUACCCAAUAAAACUAUGGCAUUUAAAAAUGAAACGUGCAAUGGUGGAAAAGUUUCAAAAGAACGGUUGACUGUGCUAUUGUGCUGUAAUAUAAUAGGUGAGUUUGAACGUCCUCUCAUCAUUGGUAAGGCAAAACGACCGCGGGCUUUCAAAAAAUUAGACGUAAAUAAAUUUCCCGUUGACUGGUGUUGGAAUAAAAAGGCCUGGAUGACGACACAGAUUAUGACAGACUGGCUCAUGAAAUUUCGAUAA